GUUUAUAUUAUUUAUCAAGUCGGAAUACAGGGGGUUUCCCUUCUUCUUUUGGCUCAUUGGUAGAUUCUUUGCUGUAGACUAUUUUGGAUUCGCAAUUUCUUGAGGGCAUAUGCAUUAAUAUCGUACAGAUUAAGUUAUUAGCAUCGAUUAUUGGCAUGAUACCUGUGUUGAUCUUCGUGGCAAUCGGCGCUGCAGGAGUUUUUGCAGGAUCCGAUUGCCCUCCUCGAGUAGAUGUAUACCCUUGCAUCUGCAUUAACACUAAAUUGACCGGAAAGAGGCACCCUUCGACUACCCUCAUCUGCCAAGGUCUGAGGAAAACGGAUGAGUUGGGUGCAAUUCUUUAUGUUCUGAAAGAUUUGGAGAUAGAUAAAUUCGUCAUGUACGAUUCUUUCUGGGAGGCGCAACAACUUGGAGCUACGGGUGAUAGUCAAAGUGUUCUACCUAAUAAUUGGCUAACGUUGACCACCAUCAAGGAAGUUGAGAUAGUCGAUAGUACACUAUCACCGUGCUUUGCCUGCAGUAUGUCACUCAUGUGCAGAAAUUCUGUUACUACUAGCUUCAAAGUGGUGAACAGUUCGUCGUCAGAUAAGAUCUGCACCCUUUGUAACACAGGUAGCGGUGGUAGACUACCUUGGAUGGGAUGCCUGACCAAACUGGAACACUUUCAGCUAACUCAGGGUGGACUCAAAUCAAUAACGGCCGAUUUCUUCUCACUUACUCUAAGGCAGUUGAAGAUAUUGGAUUUAUCCUACAAUCGGAUUUCUAAAAUCGAUUCUAAUGUAUUCCGGAAUGUUCCCAAUUUAAAAUCACUUGAUUUAUCACAUAAUGCCAUCGACCGAAUUGAUAAUACUUUUGGAUCGAGCACUAAUUUGGAAUAUCUUGAUCUCAGUUACAAUGCUCUUAAAGUGAUUGGAUCAAAUCUAGUGCCUCUGAUGCCGAAGAUUAAAUCCCUCAAUUUUGCAUACAAUCAAAUAACAGACUUGAAGGAGAGAGAUUGGAGUAGUAAACCAGAAAAACUCUUUAAAAUCGAUCUGAGGGGUAACUUGAUAAACUGUGACUGCAGCAUAAAAUGGGUGAACUCUACUUUUGAAGUAGGCGUCAAUAUUAUUGGAAACUGUGGCAAACCAGAUGAGUACAAACAAUCUCGCAUAAGACCAGCAUCCAGACACCUAAUCGAACGAUGCGACGCCAAUGGUAAUAUUGGAGUAAGAAGGAAGAAUUAAACUGCUUACCUUGUUUCCCUUAUUAUGUGGCUCAUUUGCAAGAUUUGAAGUGAGAUGGUUCAUUUGGGAACAAUUCUGAAUUCUACUGAUGAUUAUGUUAUAUGCACUAAACAUUUACUACCUCUGCUUUUCUAAAUAAAUAAAAUUAUCACUGU